AUGUUAUUCAAGAAUCUUUCCCAACUUACCCCAGGUGCUGGUAAAAACAUCCAAAACUCUUCAUUGCUCCAAGGAUCAAACCAUUCCAAUGUAUUGGCAGAAUCAACCAUUGCUCGUAGAGGAUGUUGUGGUGGUCGUCGUAACCGUGCUAAUAAUAUUGAUAUCGAUAUUGAUAUUGAUAUUAAUAUUGGUAAUGGCAACAACUGGUAUUAA